UUCAUUUUAAAAAAAUGUUUCAGAAAGAAUGAUUCUGGAGAAAAGAUUAAUAGUUUUGAACGUGAAGCGGGGCGUUAAUUUUCCUGUCAGACCUGGUGAGAAUAUUGUUGUGAAGGCUAAGUUGGACAGGGUAGUCCUUGAAACAGAUUCAGUUACUUCAACACCAGAUCCUUUAUUCGAUUCUGAGCUGGUUUGGGUUACUGAUCGAAAAGAGCUCGCUGUUUACAGAAAUCUUGCAAUCAGAAUUGAGGUUUUGCAGAACAAUGCACGCCUGGGUUAUAAGGUUGUCCCUCUGAAGGGAGCUAAAACGGUUCCUGCUGACUCCGGGAUGGAUGAAACCAGUGUUGUAUCUCUACUCGGAUCCAAGGAUAAACCUGCUCCUCAACUAGAACUAGGAGUUUGGAUAGAACUACAAGAGGAACCUGAAUCCAUUAGUUCUGUAUCUGAGACUACCAUAAAAAGAACCAGAGAACACUCAAGAACUGCGCCUGGUCCCCAACCUAUUCUGAUUCAAAACGGAACCAGUUUAUAUUUUCAGAUUGGCAGUAUAUCUGAGUGUACACGGACUUAUAAUUUUAAAAUCGAAAUCGUGAAUCUGUCAAAUCUGAAAUUGUUAAAUAGAAACGAAGAGGAUGUGGAAAUACCAACAACACCUGAAUAUCAGCUUGUAUACUCUUUUCUAGGGAUUUCUAAAACUUCCAGUGUUUUCUCCGACCUAGAGUUUACAGGAUUUACCGGAAACACUGUCAGCUCCGAGGUUCGGAGUAAUCCGUCCGUCCUAUUCCAGUUCCUAUCUGAGUACGGAUUCGAGAUCAAUGUCUGUUCAAACAACAUGGUUCUAGGUAGCGCGUUAGUUGAUGUUGGCAAGGUUCUCCCCCUGGAUAGGUUCCAGGAACCAUACUUGGAGGACCUGGAGUUUACAGGAGAUAUUCCUGUAGUUGCUGCGUAUAAUCUAUCUACUCCCAGGGAUAAUGAAGGUCGGAGUCCCAAGAUCAAUCUUCGGGUUGUCCUUAAUCACGUAAACUGUGAUCAACUAUCUUCAAAAGACUCUGAUAUGACCCGGAUAUCUGAGGGAGAGCUGUCCUACAUCUCGUCCUCCUCUGAUCCUGACUCUAGAAUUGAACAAACUACGAUACAUAAAGAAUCUAUACCUCACGAACUAAAUUCCCUUCAUAUUCCGUCGCAAGUUCUUCAGCCCAAACCUACUCCAGGUUCUCCGUUCCAUCCAGUAAACGGACCCGAACCUACACAAAAAACUGAUUCUGGACUGACAAAACUGAGACACGAUCCUAGUACAGGAUUGCCUAAACCUGUCUUUAUCGCUCCAAACCCCCGAUCGGAAAAGAAAAAAGGUUCUAAAAUUGACGAAGAGAGCCGUUGUUCUCCGCCAACGAAGCUGCCCAAACCUGCCGUUGUUCCCCCUUCGGCGGAUAUAACGUUUCCAGAUCCAGAUGAGAGGGAUUGCAACUCGCCUCCGCCUCCAAAAUCCAUGAAAAUGUCUUCGCCUCCGAAAUCUCGGAAAAUGUCCCCACCCCAGCCAUUUGCCCUAAGCAUGACCAACAAAUUUGACAGAAAGCUGUUUAUCGACCUGGUAGAAAUAAAUUUACUUGAAAGUUUCUCCAAUAUAUCAAUCCAAUAUUGUUAUCCGCCAAUAUCUAAACAAAAUAUUGUUAUAGGAGAUUACAACAUCACCGCUGGAGAAAUAUUAGAUUUAACGAACGGAUCCUAUGAGUUCAAUUUCUCCGCCUCCCAAGCUGAGCUCCUGCAUGCCUUCAAGGAAUAUCAUCUCAAGCUCAAGGUACUGAGCGGGACUACACAGAUUGCAUCCUGUUUCCUAAGGUUGGAUCAUCUCCUGGAUGCUCCAAGUAUAGACGGACUACAGGAGAGGAGUAGCCAAGAGACUAUAAUCUCUGAGCACGGAGUUCUAGGAUACAUCAGGGUUAGUCUAGAGAUGCACACAGAUUUAGGUUCUGGUUCUAAAUAUUCUCAGAAGAAGUCACAACCCAGAUUUGGAGGACCUAGGGAAGAAAGAGAUACAGAUUCCGAAAUUGACAAAGUCCUGCGGUUAAACAGACUAAACGAAGUUGCUUAUGAAGUAGAGAAAUGGAAGAGAGCAAAGCAAGCAGAAUUCAUCAGUACACUACAUCAGGUUGAAACCCAGCACAUUCAACUUCUGAGCAGAGAGUGGAAGGCACGGAAGGAGGACCACGAGAGAGAGCACAGGGAGAAGGAGCAGGUCCUCAUCAACAGGGAGCUUGAGCUCGAUAGAAAACAGGAGGAGCUGAAGAUAAAAGAGCUCGAGAUCGAAAACCGGAAGAAAACUAUGGAGGAAGAACAGUUACGGAUGAAGCAGGAUCGAAACAAUCUUCUGAACAAACUGAGGAAAGAGUUGAGAGAGAAGGAACAAGUAAACACGGAGAAGGUUGUAGAAAUCUCUGAGCUGAAAUCCAAACUUGGAACCACAGAGCAAGAGCUUAAGAAGGUUCGAGGAGAGAGGGAUAAAAAGUUGGAGCGGCAUUCUAGUCUAGUUUCUGAUCUGAAGAAGAUCAAUGAGAAGUGCAAAGAUCUCGAGAAAACCGUUGAGUUUGCGGAACAAGAACUGAUAAAGAAAGACGUUCAGAUCUCACGGUUGCGUGAAGACAAUAAAAUCUUGAAUACUGAGCAGUCAAUGCAGAUUAGAGAACUAACUGCUCAGUUGAACAGAUUACUGUCUCUAACAAGGGAGAGAACCGCGGAGAAACAACCAGAACCUGAUCUUCCUUUAUCCCCAAGAUCUUUAUCCUCCAGGUCCUCGACUGAGACAAGCUCCCUCCCAACCCAGAGGGAGAACAAGAACAAGGUCCAGAGAACAAACCAGAAAAUUCAGGUAUCUGCUAGCAAGGAUCUUCCAAUCCUGUGUGAACUGCUGAGGAUGGAGAAGGAUUUAGAGAUGUUACUGAGAGCAGGCUAUCCAGAGGAUCAUACUGUUAUCCGCCAAUUAAAGAAGAAAAUAGAAGAAUGUUACAGUGCAUGAAGAUUGAAGAUAAUCAGAACCCACCCUCAUUAAGUUUUACAACCCCCCCAGAUCUAGCAUUUAACCUGUGCUGUAAUACUAAAAAUUUUAUAGCAAAGAACACGUAAAAGGUGUUAUCAUUUUUUAUCCAAAAUCGUCAACAAGGACUACUUAAUGUCUGUUAAAGUUAAGUUGUCUUGUCAAAUAUUUGUAAUUUGUCACAAUCAUCCUUCAGACCAAGUACCAUAACUUCCAGGUUAUAAUGAAAACAUGGUUGAGCUCCGCCACUUGCCAUGGUAACAAUGGGAUUUAGUGGUUCCCAUCUGGCCUAAUUCAGCGGGAUAUUUCUAAAUAUCUGUUCAAGUUCAUUUGUCACAAAUUUUUCCAAAUAUAUAAGACACUACAGAGUACAGAUAUAUACAUUAUACAGCUAUGUUUUAGUUAAAGUUAACUUUACAAAUUUUGUUUAAGAUUAUAAUUUAAGAUAUUAGAGGGCUAAAAAUCCCUAGCUUCUUGAAUUGAAUUGGAGUAAGAAUGCUACUUAAAUUGUGAGUUUUUUUCAAAUAAUUUUAAAAUCUGGUCAAGUGAAUACGUCACAAAUUUUGCAUUUUAAUGUUUUCCCUGACACUUAAAGUAUGUUCUCUAUUGUCAAUGUCAAAAAAGUCAUCUAUUAUGUUCUGAAGUAUGCACAAAAAUUAUUUUGACCUUGGCCACUGCCCAGACCAUAGCAUUUAAAUAUUCUCCUGAUUAUGUUAAACUGUUAUAAUAGUUAUUUUUUAGUCAUACUUAUCUAUUCAGCUAAAAUUACUUAUUCAAUAAUGUAUGUACCAUCGAGUCUUGUACCUACAGGUUUACACACUGGAUGAGACAGCAGAGACGACUGUACGGAAUUUAUCAUAAUCCCUGCAACUGGAAACUUGUUUCUCUCUACGUUUACUUUAGAUCAUUAAAAAAAGACUCUAUUUAACGCAAAAGUUAAAAUCGUCUUUACAGUCUCUUUUUUGUGGGAACCCAUGUACAAUUUUAAUUUAUAUCCUGAUUACAAUUACAGGGAAAAUUAGUUCCAAAACUAACACUUGGCCAAUUUCUAACACUAGAAUGGGCCACAUCUGAAAAGUUUUGGAACUUAUGUCCCCUGAAUUAAAUAUUUUAUUCUUGUGCUGAUCAAUGUUGUAAAGUAUAUACUCGGCAUUACUCUACCAUGGUUUUUUUUUAUGAAUAUAUAAAUAAAUAAAUGAAUAUUUUUGUGAAUUUUCAGA